AUGGAGACAUCUACCUUCGUGAAACAGCUGGCGUCAAAUACCAGAACCGUGAGAGAGGAGGCUUUAGAGUCGUUAAAGAAAUACCUGACCACCAGACAGUUCAAAGACAGCAGACAGCUACAAUUCGACAAGUUAUGGAAGGGACUGUACUAUGCCAUGUGGUUCAGUGACAGACCGAGACCACAGCAAAGACUGGCUUCUGCUUUGGCCGGGUUUCACGAGCUGUAUUUUGACGCUAAAGAUAACACGCAACGCGCGGCGGUCGACGACAAUAAAGACGGAGAGGAAGAUGUGGACGACGUGAAGCGGCUGACGCUGAACGACAAGGCUUUUUUGAAAUUUAGCAAGGCCUUCUGGCGUGUGAUGUGUUUAGAGUGGUACAACAUCGACCACCACCGCCUCGACAAAUACCUGCUGCUGGUAAGACGAGUGCUGGCGAGCCAGCUGCGAUACUUGCAGCUGAGAGAGUGGAACGCCGCUGUGGUAUCGAACUACAUUCGUGCGGUUCUCCGUAAACUGCCUUUGAGUGGCGACAAGAAGAUUUACAAUGGGAUCCCAUUCCACAUCAUCGACAUUUUUGGCGACGAGUGGGAAAAACUGGUUUUCGGCGCCGACGAAGCCGAGGAGGAUGAAGAGGAGGACACCGACGCCGAAGAAAUGAACGACCCAGAGGCCAAGGCCAAGACCCAGCAAGCCAAGAUCGCAGAGACUCCGCUAGCGCAGUUCAUCGAUAUCUUCAGAGACCUAUCAUCCGACACGAACAAUGUCAAGACUAUGCGCGACAAGAUCAAGGAAGACAUCUUAAAGGACACCAGAUUUCAGAGUUGGGGUGUUCUCGGUCAAGAUAACGACAGAGACGAUGCUGAAGAAGAAUGGACCGGGUUCUGA